GCUUCCUUAACAGAAUAUAAAUUUUUAUACUGAUCAAAAGAAAGAAAAAGUAAAAAGCUCUCUCUGCCCACGUAACGUUCACAUCCACAGAGAGAGACUAGUAGACCUGUGAGCGUCUCUCUCUCUCUCUCUCUUUCUGCAAUCUGAAAAUAUAAGUACGAAAGGCUCUCUCUCUCUCUCUCUCUCAUACACUCCUCACACCUAAGCUAAAAUUUCAGACUGUGAUUGCUCACAAUGCCAAUGGCUGCUGAUUCGGCCAAUGAGGGGGGACAAAACAACCGGGGCAUCCAGGAUGGUAUUUGCAGCUUACCUGUCAGCUGUUCAUGUUUCAAGCUACUAAAUCAAAGUUUUGAUGAGGUCAACCAGCACUGUUCUAUAGAUAUUUUGCCAAUUCUGCUUGAGGGGGCUUCAUUUCCAGCAAGACUAAGUUGCCCACAGCACAAUUCACAUGGCCAAGAUGUCUACAGCAUUUCAGUGCUGUCUGGUGAAGGGAAGAGUCCACAAUGUGCUUCAGAGUUGGCAUUUCUAAGCUUUUUGGAAGUUGCUAAUCUAUCUAAAAAUCAGAUGUGCUUGGAUGCACAAUUGAAUUGCCAAAAUUGCAUUGAUUUGCCAGUGAAAAGUGCUGAUCCUAUUUCCCCAUGCAUUGUCGAUUUAAAUAUUGAAAAGGAAUAUUCAAAAACACCUGAAUCCAAUGAUGAAGCUGUUGAAAGUUUGAAAAGUGAAGGUGCACUAACUCAUUUGCAGAGGGUGUUGUGGAGACAAGCAAGCCAUACAAUAGGUGGAAAACUAAUGCAGCUUUUCAUGAAUGUUGGCACUUCAAGAGAUAAAUCAGUGACUGAAAGGGCCCAUGAUACUGCAAAUAAUCGAUGGAGAAGAUAUAAGCGUUCUACCUCAUUUGAUUCAAGAAAGAUCGUUCUCCUAUUUUCAAUCAUGUCAAGUUUGGGAACAUUGGUGCUGAUAUAUCUGACAUUGAAAGUUAGGCAGAGUGGUGAUAAUUAUGUUCAUGUCUGAUUGUUCAACCUGCUUUUGUGUAGUUCUCUUCAAAACUACUGUUGAAGAUCUCUUGCCCACAAUGUUAACAUGAAACUGUUUUUGGAUGUCCUCUGUACAUAAAGUAGUAACUAUCAUUCACAAUUCUACUAAAUUUUCUGUAAUAUGCAACUAUCACAGCUUAUCUCAGUGUUCAUAUUUCAGCAAUAAGGGCACCGUGCUAUGCAUAUC